GCCGGAGCGAUCACACUUCACUCUCUGCCUUCUCUUGCUCUCUACUAGGCUCUAGCACACGCACAUGAUGAACUCGAGGGUGGCGAUGGCUGCAUGGUGGGUUUGUGGACUCCUCCCUCUCCUGGCGGUGGGGUACUCGGAGCCCCUGAUCCGGCUGCCGACGGAGAACGGGCAUGCCCCUGCCCCUGCGCCUGGCCCUGCCGCGUCGGCGGCGGAGGAAGGGGUGACCAAGUGGGCCGUGCUCGUUGCCGGCUCCUCCGGCUACGAGAACUACAGGCACCAGGCCGAUGUGUGCCACGCGUACCAGAUCCUGAAGAAGGGAGGACUCAAGGAUGAGAACAUUGUGGUGUUCAUGUACGAUGACAUCGCCAACAGCCCUGACAACCCAAGGCGUGGAACCGUCAUCAACCAUCCUAAAGGCAAAGAUGUUUACCAUGGCGUUCCCAAGGACUACACCGGUGAGCAGGUCACUGCCAAGAACUUGUAUGCGGUUCUCCUGGGGAACAAAACCGUGGUUACCGGAGGGAGUAGGAAGGUGAUAAACAGCAAACCAGAGGAUCACAUCUUCAUCUUCUACUCGGAUCAUGGGUCUCCUGGUUCACUUGGUAUGCCCAACGGGCCAGAUGUUUAUGCUGACGACUUUAUCAAAGUGUUACGGCAAAAGCAUGCUUCCAAAGGCUAUUCGAAAAUGGUCAUAUAUGUUGAAGCGUGUGAAAGUGGCAGCAUCUUUGAGGGUUUGAUGCCACAAGAUCAUAAUAUUUAUGUUACAACGGCAUCAAAUGCGGUAGAAAGUAGCUGGGCAGCAUACUGCCCUGAGGAUGGAACGCCACCUCCUCCUGAAUAUUUUACCUGCUUAGGUGACCUAUACAGUGUGUCUUGGAUGGAAGACAGUGAUACUCACAAUCUAAAGAACGAGACCAUCAAGCAGCAGUACGAGGUGGUUAAAGCGAGAACGGCACCCCGAAACGAGUCCAUUAAAGGUUCUCAUGUCAUGGAGUAUGGCGACAAGACUUUCAAGGAUGACAUGCUUUUUCUCUACCAAGGUUUCGAUCCUGCAAAGUCAAGCAUCAGAAACAGGCCGCUGCCUAUGCCCAGCCUCAAGGGUGCAAUCAAGCAAAGAGAUGCCGAUAUUCUCUUCAUGUGGAAGAAGUAUGAGAAGUUGAAUGGGGGAUCAGAAGAGAAGCAGAGGGCUCUCAGGGAGGUCAAAGAAACCGUGCUGCACAGGAAGCAUCUCGACACCAGUAUCGAUUUCAUCGGGAAGCUUGUCUUUGGAUUCGACAAGGGGCCAUCGGUGCUCGAGGCUGCUAGAGGCUCUGGCCAGCCACUGGUCGACGAUUGGGAUUGUCUGAAGACGAUGGUGCGAGUGUUCGAGUCCCAGUGCGGAUCGCUCACUCAGUACGGCAUGAAGCACAUGAGGGCGUUCGCAAACAUGUGCAACAAUGGCGUCUCCGAGGCCGAGAUGAAGGAGGCGAGCAUCAGCGCUUGCGACGGCUACGACAUGGGGAAGUGGAGCCCGCUGGUUCGAGGCUACAGCGCCUGAUCCGCUUGCAGUGCAGCACUACUACAUGGCAGCAGCAGCCAGAGCUCCGGAGGUUCCUAGAGCUCGUACGGUGUACAUAGACACAUCGGUAUACAUACAAGAAAGAAGAAACCGCCCAGCAAUGGCGCCCCUGGGGUGUUGGGUUAAUCACUAGUGUAUAUGGUCGUGCCUUUGUAAAUCGAAUUUGACUGCAAUCAAUUGAAAGGCAAUGAUUAUUAUUAUUA